AUAAACUCUAUGCCAUAAACUAACUACAUCCAUGGAGGCAUAAAGUUUCUCAAUAUAGUGAGAAACUCUAUGCAUGGAGGAAUGUAAAAAAAUUAAUCCAUGCCUAUGCGCUUCUCCGACAACUGGAUGUGACUGUGAAUCUGUCAGGAUAGCGAACUAUAGUCAGGGCCAUGUCAAUGCCUGCCUAUGUCAGGGAGUCGGGCCGUCGGGCGUCGGUCAGGGCAUCGGUUAUUUAUUCUAUGAGGGCAUGCUAUGCUAGCACAGAACACCUAUAUGAUGCUAGCAGUUGUUCUUUAUUCUAUGAUGCUAGUCGCUAGUCAGACUGGAAGAGCGGACGGUCUGUGACUGCAUAAUCGAAGAAGCCCACUGUGUUCUUUGUGCAUAUGUGCUUAAUUUCAGGUAAUUCAACAACGUUGAAGGUGCAGCGUAGCGACGAUGUCUUUGAUGAUUUCUACGUUGCUACCUGGUAUCACCGACACUUGUUCGUCGUCAGCGAGGAAGGACUGUUGGCUCUGCGAAGAGGUGACGCAGUGGAAUUUCUUCUUACGCCCCUUCUGUCUUGAACUGGAGGAGGAAGAGGCCGGAAACUUGUGUCUGCGGACUUUGACCAACGCCUGGCGAUACGAUAACGAUACGUUUGACGUAGUAAACGGCGUAGGUUACAGCACGACCUAUGCUCUGGCGUGCCUUACCCAUCAGCACAGAUGUAUCAAAAGGCUGAGCCUUGGCCAUCACGUGUUCGAAUCUCGGGGGACUCCAUCUCAAGUCGAAACCGUAGUCGAAGCACUAGGACCAGAGAGCGCCGUUGAGUGCAUAGAGAUUUCCGGGGGCGCAACCCGUUAUUGGAAUUCAUUGCUGAAUGCUGUCGGUAGCGUUGCCGCUUUAAGGAGCCUGCGUAUCGAAGACGCUGUCAUCGACAGUUGCUUGGUAUGGAGGCUCGCCGAACUUUUUGCGGCAAAUGGGGGACGUCUGCAGGAACUUGUCAUUUCCGCAAGCGAGGCGGUCCCUGACAUACCCAGGCAGCUGAUUUGUGCCAUCGACCAGUGUGAAGCCCUGACUGAGCUGUCACUUGAUGGCCAUCUGGCGUUAGAGGCUACCACUGCCUUGGAACGACUUCUCCAGUCAAAUAAGUCCAUCCAGAAGAUUUCUCUGCGAGAUAGAAGACAAAACCAAGCUUUUUUAAGUGCGCUCUGCAGUGGGCUUAGCUUGAACUUCUCACCCACAGAGCUACAAUAUGAAUGUGCCAAUUUGAACUUCGGAGAGCUGCUUAAGCUACUCACGCCCAGCCGAGUGCUGAAGCAUCUGGUUUUGAGCGGCGAUAAGUGCAAACCGGGAACGUUCGGAAAACAUCAUGGCAUGGCGUUGAACAUGCUUUUGGCGCAUAAUGCCGAACUUCGCAGCUUGGCAGUUCGACACUGCACUUGGACGCUUGAUGCCGCUGAAGAAGUUGCUUCCGGGAUCUCACUUAACGACUCCCUGGAGCGUUUUGACCUUUCUCAGUGUCACAUGGACAUAAACACAGUGAUGACAUUGUGCAGUGGACUCGAAACCAAUGAUACUUUGAAGGUGCUUAGGUUUCAUCCCGACGAGAAAUUCUUGCAUGCGCCGACUGGUUUGUCUGGAAAGCUGCUGGCUGCUCGAUGCUUCACUCGAGUGGUCACAACUUGGCCCGAGGUAUGUGUGGGGAAUCUCGCAAGAGCCCUGAAAACGCCUGCGCUGUGCCCGCCAGAACUGCACAUCAGCACUUCCGGGUUUUCUGACACAUCUUUUGCGUGGCUGUGCGCAGCUCUUGGCCCCAGCACCAUAAAGCACCUCUCUGCGAAAUUCUCCAACUGUGACUUCAACCCGGCCAUGCAGCUGCGUGAUGCAGUCAUUGCCAACUGCUCCAUCAAGACGCUUGCAUUGCAGGAGGACAGCAUCGCUACCGACGUGUGUUUUACUGUAGCAGAAGCCCUAGAGAAAAACAGAACAGUGACCGAAAUUUCCCUCAGCAUCAACAACCUAAAUGAGAGAAAUGUAAAAUAUCUCUCGUCAGUAGCUACUGGCAGUGAUGUCUUGGAAAAAGUGUCGCUAAACUGCAUCACUGUAGUACCGUGGUUUAUGGACCACCUACGCAGCAUUUCUUUUUGGCUGAAGCAUAACGGUACACUAACUGGUUUUUACAUCUUCGAAGAGAGACGCCGCAUUGAAUGUGUAGUUGCUGAAGUCAAGGACAGUGUAGAUAAGAAUCGGAGAAAGUGGAAAUGCGCGCUUCAAUUUGUUCUUGAACCUCGCAUCAACAAGUGCUGGGCAGAGGCAUUCGAGUCAUUGCAAAAAAAGCCUUGUUUUCUCCCACGCGUUGCGGCUGCCGCAGGGAAGUCAUUGGAAGAUGCGUCGAGAAUUAUCAGAUCGGCCGAGCGUUUCAUUGCAAAAAACUACCUUUUAGUAACUGAAGUGGUGUCUCGAGGUGUUACUUGUCAUCCUCAUCAGAGGACUCAGGUGGACAGCCUCAACAGCGACUGCUGGCUGGUCAUUGGGCAGUAUCUAAGCGUGUUCGAUGUGCUUGACAAAGGGCCCACAUUUGCAAAUUCAGACUCUUCCUACGGUUUUACGAAUGUUUAGUAUAGUUGAAUGAAAAAUUCUGUCUACUAAGGAGUUUAACUUAUCCAUCUACGGCUAUACUGUAGAGUGAAGAAAAAGAAGUGUAGGAGCAACCGUGUUCAGGCACGUGAUGAAAAAACAAAAGGCGAUAGAAGACAAAGAGAAUGACUAUGCCGGUGUGUGGCGACUCGGUGCAUCAUGAUUGGGCCUGUGUAUGCACGUGACUAAGUCAAUGAACGAUGGUCUUGUGGUGCCCCGGAGGUGCGGUGUGCUAUGAUAGGGCCUAGUGUCUGGAGCGUAUGCCCAAAAAGGUGUGAAGAGGAGGUCGGGAUGCAAGAGAAGCGAGACGUGCACCACGAGCCAAGGAGAUUGAAUGCGGUGGACAUCCCUGGAGGCCCCCGAUGACCCGGAGCAAGUGACAAGGCAGCCAAAUGGGCACUGCUAAGAAAGAGUUCCUAGGCUGCCCGCCGUUCUGGGACUACCAGGGGCCUGUUGUCGAGAUUGAGGGUGCCUGCGCAAGUGACGAGUGCUUAGUGCUGAGCCUGGGCUUUCAUGGGUGCCUGGGCAACCGCUAGGCAAUGGCAAUGCUGACCCUAGCAAUGUGUCUUCCCCGCCUGCCACCUCAUGCUGCUGCACCUGCCUGUCUUAGUUCACGUGAACUGACCUACGUGAAUGUGUUGAACCUUCUGUUUAGCGACUCGUGUGACACACUUCGCUAGCAGUUGUGUAGAAACUCAUAGGACUUGAGGUACAGUGUUGGUUUGUCGUGCUUGUCUCACGAGUGUGCUUUGUGCAGGAGUAUGUUUUAGUUUGUCCUGUGUCAUAUUGUAAAUACCCAUGAGUAUGCUUUGAAUGAGUUGCCUCACUGGGCCUCCUGUGUGUGUUCCUCAAUGCACUGCGCGUCGCCAAGCAUGACAAAUGUCUGCUGAUAAAACCUUACACGCACCCCUGGAUCUCUUCUAAUGGUUAGGGGUCCUAGACAACUACAUGCUUGAAGGAAGUUAUUCAAACAAGUUUCUAAAUAUAGGCAAACUUGGCCGCAGCAAUCGUUGAAAAAGUUUCGUCAUCCAAAAGCAAUUUUUUGCUUGCAAAUCUCUGCUGAUUUAGAUUUUUUUUUUAUAAACCAUCGAUAAAGUGCAUGUUUCUCCCAAAAAGUGCUUGUGUGACGUGCUGUGUGUUCUCUCCCCCUUCCCCUCUUACGGUGUAAUCUGUGGGAUUUUUACCAAUUUAAAGUUCGCUAGUUAGCAGGUAUGCGUGAUGGAUUAGAUUCUAUCAAGUAAUCUGGCCAAGGUCAAUGCCUAUGUGUUCGUGACACGGACAGCAGGUAUGGUAAUGUGUCAACCUGGUGCUUUUUAUCUGUAAAGUUUGAGAAAAUGAAUGUACAUGUCCGCAUUUUCAGAUAUACUUGUCCGCAUUUUCUGUUACUGAACUGUUCCUGUGUUGAUGGUGAAUAACUACAAGAUUUAAGGUAGAUGCUUGGUUUAAGACUAAAUAGCUAUGUAGUGAAGACCUGUGUGUUGCAGCCAUACUGCCGUCCUUCCACCUGAAGGAGAGCUCUGUGUACCUAGACUGGUACAUGAGAACACCGCUGUGCACAGUUAUUCAAUUGCUUUAGAGCUGCAAUAACGUAAGAAGUACUACAAAAAAAGUGAAACAAGCACAGUCAUUCCUUCCAUGGCGAUAAGAACUUCUGCUAGCUUAAUCUGUGAUUUCUGAAACUGCAGCAGGAAUGUCAACGUUUUCUUAUGACUUAACCCAGCAGCCGUUCUGCCAGCCACUUUCUUGGGUGCUUGUUGUUUUAGUUCCACUCGGAAAAAUUGCAUUCCGGUUCCGCUACGGAAAUUUAAAAAAAGAAAAAAAAAAAGUCGGAACGGUUUAUAACUGUAUUUGUUUGCGUGCACAAGUCUUUGAAGUAACUAUAAAAAGAAUAGUAUUUUUUUUCAAUAAGUGAAUUGCACAUUCUGAGAUCGUCCUCGGUGCCUAGGCACUGCGCAUGAUUACUUGAUUUGACCAUCCGAAUCCAGCAGAGGCCACUCUCUCGCGCUGCAAUAAUGUGUAGUAGAAGAAGGUUGAGUGGGACGAGUGGCUGGGGCACUUCGUGGCGCAAGUUUGAUCGCAGCGCCGCGCAUGCUGCGGCAGCGCUGCGAUCGAACUGGAGUGGGCCGCAUCAAGGCCGCACCAUUGGAAAAUGCUGACAAUACUUCUUGGAAGGGUCAUUCGUACUACCUCGCUCGCUGGUACAUGCGUUCAGACCGCUUAAACGGUCUUCGUAAUUGCAUGCGGCAUGUAUUUAUGCCUUAGGAAUAGAUGCCUUUCUUCCAUUUUAUUUCUCGUAAUGCCGCUCGGUGAUUACGCGGGCAUGCAGCCGUAGUGUCAGCUUUCAUUCUAUAAAUACAAUGUCUUAUACAAUGUUAUUGUAUGUGGUUUCCUUUGGAGAACAAAUAUUUUUCGUGUUCUUCAAGCAACAUAUAUCUCACGUGUGUAUAUUUAGGCGUAUAGUUUUCCAUCAGUGGGUCUUGAGAAACGCAGACGGAAAUGGAAACUUUCUGCUUACCGCUUCAAACAAAUAAAACACAUCUUCCCCAUCUGACGCUCUGUACUCAGAUUGAUGGGAGGCAUUCUUAUAGAAGAAAAAGAAAAAACUGCAGUGGAACAUUCCAUUCAUGUUUCUGUCUUCCUCGUGUAACAGAAUCGACUAAUUGGUACCAGUUCUUGCGGUCGAACCUCGAGCGCUGAAAACAGUUUUAGGUAGCCAUUAUAUCUGCUAAUCUUUGGCCUGUAAGCCCAUGCUUAACUAAAAGAAAAAAAGAAAAUGGCACGGUAGCUAAAGUGGCUACAUAGUGGAUACGGCGUUGCGCUGCUAAACUUGAGCUCACGGGUUCAAACCGGGUCGCGGAAUUUGAUGGGAACAAAAUGGAAAAACACUCGUGUACUUCUAUUUAGGUGCACGUUAAAGAACCCCAGGUGGCGAGAACUGAACAGGGUGCCUCAUUAUCAUAUCGCCAGACUUAAGACGCCAGAAUUUGCUUAAUUAAAGUAAAAAAUAAAUAAGGAAAGUAUCCUUCGAUGGACUGGGCACACUAAUUACGUAUCCCUAAGUUUAUCAAAAGCUGUUGGAGCACUUCCCCGGUGUCGUGGCAUUCUUCCAGUGCGCAUUAAAAAACGGAUAUAUGUUUCAUUAUUUCAAUCACACAUUGCAUAUUGCCAUCUUGUUUGGGGCACAGCAUCACCGACUAACAUGAAUAGAAUUGUGAGCCUGCAAAAGAAAGCGAUUCGUGUCAUUGCAGACGAAGAGUACUGCGCACACUCCAGACCGCUUUUUAUUCGGUUAAAAAUUCUGCCCAUCAGUGUUAUGCUACCGCACAUUAUUGUUUCUUUAUUCACCACUAAAACCACGUUUCGUACUAACUACUAUCUUCCUUAUCAAGAUAUCAGCGCUCAAGGAACGCGUACCGGCAGCCAACACUCGACAAUUAGAAAAGUGGUGUCUUCCCAGAACUCGAACUAAUUACGGUAAACAAACGUUAAAGGUAUAUAAUACCUUACACCCUGAACGAUAAUACAACCUUAAUUGAUGGCCCCGCAAUAAAUAAACAUGCUUUAAUUGAAUACUUUUUAAACAGAAUUGCUUAAGGGGAGAGGCUCCUCGAAACAACUUUUUUUUUUAUUAUUUGUACCAGAGACUUCAAAAUUCAGCCAACUGGAGAGUUUUUCAUGCAGAUUUCAAAUAUGCAAUUAGUUUUUGUGUAGCUGCUAUAGUUCUAGAGUUAUAUUAUACUGAAUGACAAAUUAUAGCGAUCUUUACGGGCACUUUUUUAUGAACUAAACUUUCACAAAAGGUAUUGUGCUAUAGCUUAUUUAGCUCUUCGUAGAUCACAGAGUGCCGAUAUCUAGUCAAAAAACGUGUUCAGUUAUAGGAAGUGGGACAAAAAAAUUUUGACACUUCAACCAUGGUUUCUUCCAGUUCCCUGAGACAUAACUUCGUACUAUUGUAAUUACUGACGACUGAUAUUGAAAUUUCAAGUAGAUAUCAGCAUUCUACGUACCUUCAAGAGAGUGUGUCAAAUUUCGUUAGUAUACACAAAUUCUAAGUGUACAAAAGGCUUCCCGGAAGACACGAAAAUAUCAAAAAAUUUGAAAAUGAGAAAAACAGGUUUGAAAGUUUCAAAACCUUCUAUUCUUCAAAAUCCAAUUGUUUUUGCAUGAAUCUUGGUCACACUCAAGAGCAACCGAUUUAUAUCACAUAGUUUACAUUCUGCGUUGUGCGUUCUUUUGUGUGGAUUAGUUUGGAAUGAUUUUGCAGGCAUUGUAUAAAUUCACUUUUUUUUUUCUCUCUCUCGCUCUCUCUUUUUGUAACAGUUCAUUCUUCAUAAAAAAUUUAACUUGGAAGUUAUACAUGUGUGCACUUGAAUGCUGAGCGUAUAUAUGCCAUGUGUUUGUGCAUAUGUGAAUGUAUAUGUAGGUGUACAUAUAUGUAUACAUAUGGGGGCGUAUGCGUGCCACUUCCAUGGGUGUUUGCGAGUGUACGUGUGAAUAUAACAUGUCGGUGUACAAUAUAGCUUUGCAUUGGUGUACGUAUAUAUAAUAUUUUUUUCUCCUUCACAGCUUGGUGCGAACAGUUUCUUUCUAUUUUUUUGUUUGUUUCUCGUGUUGCUUUUUUUUUUUUCUUGUACGGGUGUACGACAUACACUGCUGUUUUGCCGCUGUUGCCACUGCCUGUAGGGCCCCAGGCCUCGUCAAGCUGCUCAAUGAGCAGCUUUUUGUCUGGGGUCCAUUUUUCCUUGAGGAAAAUAAAACUGAUUCUGAUUCUGA